CCCAACCCAACUAUCUCACCACAAAGUCUUCGGAUACAUCCCAAAUUCCCAAUCCACAGCCAGAUCUCUCGAUCCACAUAAACCGCGCAAGAAACCGCCCGAUCCCGCAGGGCAGAUCGGCACCAGGAUCAUCGCCAUGGCGCAGAGGGCGCUGGAGCUGACCCUGAUAUCGGGCAAGGACCUCAAGGACGUGAACCUCUUCUCGGCCAUGGAGGUGUACGCGGUCGUCUCGCUCUCGGGCGACCCGCGCUCCCGCCAGCGCGUCGCCACCGACCGCUCCGGCGGCCGCAACCCGACCUGGAACGCCACGGUCAGGUUCGCCGUGCCGGCCAACGCCGCGGGCUCCGUCCACGUGCUGCUCCGCGCCGAGCGCGCCCUCGGCGACCGCGACGUCGGCGAGGUCCACAUCCCGCUCUCCGAGCUGCUCUCCGGCGCGCCCGACGGCGCCGUGCCGGUCAAGUUCGUCGCCUACCAGGUCCGCAAGAUCGGGUCCGGGAAGCCCCAGGGGGUCCUCAACUUCUCGUAUAAGCUCGGGGAGGUCACGCAGGGCCAGGCCGGUGGCGCCGCGUAUGGUGGUGCGCAUGCCGCGUACGGGCAGUCUCCGCCCGCCGCCGCCGCAUACCCGCCGCAGGGCGCGUAUCCUCCGCCCGGCAAGGCCGACUCCUACGCGCCUCCGUCCGCGUACCCACCGGCAGGUAACGCAUACCCGCCGCAAUCCGCGUACCCACAGGCGGCCAAGGCCGACGGUGCCUACCCACCUCCCUCCGGCUACCCACCUGCUGGCAAGGCUGGCGAGCCAUCCACCGCCUACCCCGCACCCGCCGGCUACCCACCCGCGGGGAAGACUGGCGAGCCAUCCACCGCCUACCCCGCGCCCGCCGGCUACCCAACCUCAUCGUCAGGAAAGCCAGCGAAGGCAGGCGAGCCAGUGACGGCCUACCCAGCGGCCGCCGCCGGGCCCAGCACAGGCGCUCCCUACGGCGCCCCGCCCCCGCAGUACGGCUACGGGUACCCACCGCAGCAGCAGCCGGCCGGGUACGGCUACCCGCCCCCGCCGCCGCAAGGAGGGUACGGCGGCUACGGGUACCCGCCGCAGCAGCCGGCCGGGUACGGGUACCAGCAGCAGGCCGUGAAGCCGCCGAAGAAGAGCGGCAUGGGGAUGGGCCUCGGCGCGGGGCUCCUCGGAGGCGCGCUCGGCGGGCUCCUCAUCGGCGACAUGAUCUCCGACUCGGCCGGUGGGUACGACGCCGGGUUCGACGACGGAGGCGGCUUCGAUUUCUAGAUCGAUCCUCCGAUGUUCAGACUUCAGACCGAUGCAACACAGUUCUUUUGUACGUCCUUGAUAUUUCUUCAGUUAUUUUGUCUUGAGAUUUUUCUGCUCAAAGUCGCCGGCGCAUCUGUGCGCGGCUAGUGUGAUAUGGUAAUGUAAAUAGAAGGUUUUAACAUGAUAUAUUCUGAAA